AUGGUGGACAAGUAUCAACAUCCAGCCAAGUGGUUCCUCCUUACCGUGCUUGCACCAGAGAUUCCUUUCGCCAAAUACUGGGAUGAUCAGGUCCGGGGGCAUUCACUGUUUUACCACUAUGAAACAGUUUUCAGGAAGAAGAACUGGACGAGGACUCAUGUCCUCUUCGCCAAUAUGGGAGGGUUUGCGCUGCGGUGCACUCCCGAUUCCGAGGAUGGUGAACCCGAUUCGAAGAACGAGAAAGCGACUACGGAAGACCAGAACGACCACCAGACCAGUACGAGCCCCCUUGUUGAAGAUGAUACCUCUCUGACGGGGGGACCUAGCACGUUGAAAGCAAUAGCUUCGGCGUCCUGCUGCGUGAAGCCAGAAAAGCAGAUACAAUCUACCCGCACCGGAGAUCCCGCGAAAAAGUUCGAAGAAGUCUUCUAUCUGACAGCCAUUGAAGCCUUAAAACUUCUUUGCAGUAAAGGAACAUCUAUACAAGGGCUAGAAAAUGUAUCGGAGGAGGAAAUCAAUGCUCGUUCGAAGUCGGAUAUGUUCAUGCGGCUCCUUGCCGUGGGCCAAAUUGUCUGGGUAGUUAUCCAGAUCAUAUCACGGUGGGCUUAUGGCCUGGCCGUGACCCAGCUGGAGGUUACUGUUGUUGCUUUUGCGUUCUGUGCGGUAGGAAUGUACAUCGUUAACCAUGGGAAGCCCAAAGGAGUUGAGCUGCCGAUCCUCUUCGGAUAUCCUGGGUCGAAGGAAGCGCUACUAAGAGAACUUCAAGAUUCCACUUUCCCUGAUCCUGAAGGAAAACACAGCAAUUGGAAGUUCUACAGAUGCAAGUAUUGUACCAAAGAGAAGGUACAAAGCCAUGGCGGUACCAGCAAAGCCAACAAAAAAAGCAGCGACGGAAAUGACAAGAACCAUGAACCCGCAAACAAUAACGAAGUAACCGAUGCUAAAUCAGAGACCAUGUCCAGAAGGGACUGUGAGGCGAACACAGAUGUCAAAGAAAGUGAGGUAGUGCCAAAAGGGGCUACAAUGACGAUGAUCUGGACAAGUUCCUUGGAUACAUUCACAGCAAUUGUACAAGGGGUGCGAACAACGCUACAAUCUAGCCGGGACUCGGGUGGUCCAAUUGGCAAUGGAUUUAUUGACGAAUCAGAAGACCCGAGCAGGUUGGGCAAUGUCCUCACUGACUUGUGGAUGUUCAUCGGCAGUAUGAUCUUUGGGGGCAUUCAUCUCAUAGCCUGGGAUUUUCGAUUCCCCACCACAGUGGAGAAAUAUCUCUGGUGGGCGGCGUCAUUGUGGUGUACAGCCUGUGUACUGACCGGCACAUUGCUUUACCUGGCGCUCGACGUACUAAAUACAACUAUGGAGCUCGUAAAUGAAGCGAUGAACCAUGGCAACUCUUCGACACCCGAGGAUACCAAACCCGACGAUGCAGCCGGACCGGCCCCAACGGUCAGCCCCAACCAACCCCAGGCAAAUCCUAACACAAAGCUUGAUACUGGACCCAGUCCAGGUCCAAAGGAAACCCCUAUUAUGGAGGCCGAAAAACCAGCUCCCCCAUCCGAGGACCCACAGAGAGAUAUAGAAUUGCAGAAUUCAACGCCACAGCGCUGGGAGACGAUCGAAAUACUUGCGGACAUUGCGCGUUUAAUACUAAUUCUUUUUGGUUUGUCCUAUAAUCUUCUAUCGGCUUUUCUUCUCAUAUUGCUUCUGGUCUUUUGGGGUUGUUGGACGUUGGCCUUUCUUCCGCCGGACGCUUACAUUGCUACUUGGUCAUCAGAAAUUCCUAAUAUUGGUUGA